GUUUUUCUUGUCCUAAAGUGUUUUGUUGAACUAUUAAAAAUCUGCUGCCUGCCAGUGGAAAGUGCAUUUAAAUUGAGUUAAACUCCAACAAUCACAAGCCCUGGCCAUGGAGCUGGAAAGCUAUCGACGUUGCAUUGGCCAGCAACUGGAGGAACUGGAGCUGCUUAGUUCCAUUUACUGUGGCGCCGGCGAGCUGCAGCUGCUCGAUGCCGGCGUCGUAGCGGAUUUCAAUGAGUUUUUGGCCACAAAUUCAAGUCCAACUGCAUUGCGUUCCCACCUGGAGUACAUCAUCAAGCUUAGUUUGUCUGGAAAGCGAGUUGUGGAUGUGCGAAUUGAGUUGCCACAUUUGUAUCCAUUGGUGGAGCUGGCCAGGAUUAGUGUACACACAACGCUGUUGGGCAAGGUCAAGCAGCAGCUUCUUAAGACCGAUAUAACCAAAUACUUGGAGGAACAGUGUAAUGCAGAGGAGCCAUAUAUUUAUCAACUGCUCAGUUGGCUGCAGGAUCAGAUUGAAGCGUUGUUGUUGCGCCCAUCCAGUGAACUCGAGAGUCCGCCGGCAGAGGAGCUGCCCAAAGCUGUUUCGCAUCUGGAGCGACUUUGGAUCUUCUCGCAUCAUAUUAAGUCGAGCGCCAAAAGGCAGGAGAUUGUCCGUCUAGCCCGACAACUGCAGCUCAGCGGCUUCAGCAGGCCCGGCAAGCCGGGCAUCAUCUGUGUCGAGGGGCAGCCGGACCAAGUGCAGGAAUAUUGGCGCACAAUCAAGAUGCUGCGUUGGCAAAAGAUUAGUCUGGUCAGGACGGAGCAGCGUCAACGCAAGCGACUCUUUGACAACUUCAGCGAGCAGCUCUUCAAUGCCAACGAUGGCGAAGAAGGAGUCAUGAACAUGGGCCAGUUCAUCAGAUUCCUAGAGGCACAUGGCACCGGCUACAUGAAAUCCGAGUUGUUUGGCUUAGACUGAGAUUUCUUUGCACUUGUUCAAAAUCUUUUCUUAAUAAAAUUUGAUUGUUGAUUUGAAAAGCAAA